CCACACAAUACUCCAUAUACACGUGUAUCCGUUGAUAUCCCCCGUGUCCCCCGGAUAACCCGCUGGCACAUAAUAAUAGUAAUAAUAAUAAUACAGUUGCUCCUGGCAUGUUUGGGUAACUAUGGCACCGGCAGCCGCUCCUCUCCCCCGCCUAUGGCAGCCGCUCCGGCGGGUACCGCUCGGUUAUCAGUUACCUCCAUCAGCCUCAGACUGGCGCUAGAGGACACAGCCUGAGGGUCAAUACACAGUCUACACUGACAGCAGGGAAUCCCCGCCAGUGACGUCACGGAGCUCUCCACCAAUCACGUGAAAGACACUACGCUUCCCGCUGCAGCAGGCGCCCCCCGGCAGAUCCUCCAGACUAGAGGGAUUCCCUCCCGUGACGUCACUAAUAGAACGUUUCCUCUCCUUGCCCUGAACUCUUCCACCAAUCAGAGGGCAGCAAGGUGAUUCCCGCUCCAUCCGCCGCCCGGUCUCUACCUUUAUAUAGGAGAAUGGUCCCCAUGGGAGCAUCACAAGCUGCAGGGAGACAAAGAAAAGGGAGAAGCAGCCAGAGUAGGAGCAAAUAGAGGAAAACCAUGGAGUGGAAGCUGGAGAGACUGUCAUGUCCAAGAAUUAAGACAGAUGAGCAUGUGAUGUGGGAAAGUGUUAUGAAGACUCUUGGAAAAGACUUCAGAUGGAGCAAGAAAGCAACUUUACAGAAGAUAAACAAGACACCAGACAUCGGAAAGAUGUCAUAUUCAAGAUUCAAAAGAAGCAUCUUAAGAAGACGGGCAAGACAGAUUCCUGUCGCUAGUAGUCCGAUUUCCUCUAGAUGGCAGUAUUGUCAAGGACAACACCAGGAGCCUGCCUUCAGUGAGCAGUCCCUGAGCUCAUCGGAUGAAUAUUGGCGAACACCGGAAAAAUUGGUAUUAUUACCAUACCUCACAGAAGUAUCCAAUGUAAGUGUUCCGGACUCAACUUCCAAACCAUCCCAUUCUGAAGACCAUCCCAUCGUAAGCCACAGCAUCUCUAAGAAAUCUAUGAGAAAAUGUCUAAAUCAGAAAAAAUUAUCAUUUCUUCAGCCUCAGAUAUUCCUGACCUCUGUGGAAGAGCAUAAAACUGGAACAUCAAAGCUACAUAACACUACAAUGCAGAUAUGUGAAAAAGACUCCUGUAUACACAGAGGCUGUGGACAAAACAAGACAGACGUCUCACUGCAAAACUCUUCCAAUAGGAGCUUGUUGCAACCUGACGUAAAGAUCCAUUUGUCCGGGCUUCGGAAUGAUUACUAUCUAAACUUGUUGGAUUGGAAUUCAGAAAAUCAUGUCGCCCUGGGGCUAAAAUCAGCUGCAUAUAUUUGGAAUACGGAAAACAAUAGCAUUGCUCAAACUAUUCUUUUACAUUCUUCAUCAACAUAUGUUUCAUCAGUAUCAUGGAUAAAUGCAGGGUCAUGUCUGGCGGUGGGCACAAGCAAUGGAGAAGUUCAGCUCUGGGACAUUGAAACUCAGAAGAGACUUAGGAACAUGCUUGGGCACAUGUCUGUAGUGGGGGCUUUAAGCUGGAAUCAACACAUUGUAAGCAGUGGCUCCAGGCUUGGUCAUAUACAUCAUCAUGAUGUCCGCAUGGAAGAACACCUCAUUGGAACUCAACGUCACAAGCAAGGCAUUUGUAGUCUAAAGUGGUCACCAUCAGAAAAGCUUUUGGCUAGUGGAUCAAGUGAUGGGAUACUUAAAAUCUGGCCCUAUGAUCCAGGAUCCUCUAGGAUUAGUACACCACUACAGAGCAUGGUGCACCCCACAGCUGUCAAGGCUAUGGCCUGGUGUCCGUGGCUCUCUGACCAUAUUGCUGUAGGAGGUGGAAUGAGUGAUGGCCACAUACGUAUUUGGGAUACAAGUAAUGGAAAAAUGACAGACUCAAUGAGCACAAACUCACAGAUCUGUUCCAUGCUUUGGCUGCCAGAUACAAGAGAGCUUGUCACUGGUCACGGAUCUCCAAGAAACCAAAUGUCUAUUUGGCAAUACCCCUCUUUAGCAAAAGUUACUGAUAUUCAUGGGCACAUAGGAAGAGUUCUGCACCUUGUGCUAAGUCCAGAUCACAAGAGAAUCUUUUCAGCGGCAGCAAAUGAAACAUCUUUUAUAUGGAAAUACAGCAAAUAAAGAGUAAACUAAAGGAGAACAAAAGAUAAUCAUGAAGUUAGAGACUUUAACAUUGCUCUGAUGUAAAGGAACAUAUUGGCCCAGAUUUACUGAGAUUGGUGGGUUUUCAAAAUCAUACUGUCAUGACCAGGGGUGGACAGGGAGAGCAAGCCCUAAACAGACCCUAGAAAAACUCUCCCUGCCUACUUACCCAUCCACCCUUAACGAUGGAUCGACAACUUGGAGCCGGUCCCUCCCUGCGCUACGCAAUGGGUAAAAUACAAAUAAUAUACAUAGUCGGUUACAGGCCAGAAACAGAAUGGGAAAACUAUCAGAAAACCAGAUAUACCAGACAGAAUAUAAACUCACAAACAGGGCAGGAUGCAGUGUAAAAACAUACAAUUCAUAAACUGAAAUCCAGAUAAACGGCAGACAUGUAUAAAUGAACAAGAGAUGCAGGGGAUGAACGAAAGAACUGAAUGCUAAACACCAAACUGAUCAGGAACAUAGAACACCGUUCACACUGGGACACAAAACAGAAACAAACUGGACACCCCACUCCACAAAAGGAUUAGACAGCAUAAUAAAGCCAAAUAGACUACUAGCCAGCGGACACACUCCACCUUGUGAUCAGGAUGCUGACCUAGUAGGAAACAGAAAUAUAAUACAUAGAACACUAGACUAGAACCGGAUGAAUCUGAAUAGACUCCUGGAUACCAAACAGAAAUUAUAACAUACAGAGCACGAGUAACAAGCAAGACUCACAAUGUGAACAAAGACUAAGCAGAACGGACAUACAUAAUCCUAAAAACCGACUGAUGUACAUAAAACCAAGCAGACUAAAAGCUAUCAUAAACAUGAUUAUUAAACCAUGGUUAAAACUCAGAUAUUAACAGAUAAAUACAAGGUGCAUGCCAAAACAGACAUUGUCAGAGUAUUGCACAAAUAACCAGCACAGACUAUAGGAAAGCUCAAGUUUAAAUAGCCCCACCCAAGUUCCCAUUGGCUCAGAGCAUUAACUAUUCCCUAUCCAGGGUGAAUAGCACAGAAAAUUGAUACUGUAUACAAACAAAGUCUGAACAGGGUCUUAAACUGAAAAAAGCAAAAACACAAAAACAGACAUUUCACAUACCUCACUAGGGUUAUAGUUUCUUGUAAUACUUGAUAACUGUAUAUUAUCUGUCUCUUCAGUAUUAGUGUAUUUGUUUUUUUCACACCAAACUGCAUCAAUCACAUCUUUAAUGGGAAAACUGACCAAUUUAAAAUUAGCCAUGAAAGUGCAAACACCAUGCGCUAGAAUCUGUAGGGCAUCCCAUAAUAAAUUAAUCAGUUACAUUGAACUGACCAAGGACAUGCCCCUUUCUGAGCAAGAUUGGGAAAGUCAUAAUAAAUCUUCCAGGAAUGGUGUGAACAUGCUUGAAAUGCUAAGAAAAAGGAACUGUUGGUUUUGGGCCAUUGUAUGUUUCAGGGACAAUAAUUAGAAGGCAGCCCCAAGCUGUGUUGGACUGGGUUUCCUUGGGCCACCUUCCAUCUGUACAAAAUAUUAGCACUUUUAACUUUAUUAUAAACUUUGAACACACAGGACUUACUGUAUAAUCUAUAACAGCAGCUCCCAGACCGGGAUACACGUACCAUCAGGGGUACGCAGCAGUUUCCCCGGCAGUUUGUGCAAGAAAAUCUGCAAAGGCGCCCGCUGGUUCCCAUGCAGCGAUUAUAGAGCAGGUACUGGUCGGGCAGUCACUGAGGAGCGGAUAUCUCCACACAACAGCAGGAACUGUCUGACCAGGACAUGCUUUGUAUUUGCUGCAUGCUGGGGGUAUAGGACCUGUGGUGGUGUCACAGUCAUGUGACCAGUACAUGUGGGGCGAAGCUCAACAAGAUAGAAGGGAUUGUGGCUGAAGGACCUUUUGAAGCCAGAGCGAAGCAAUCGGGGGAGAAGAGAGUCUGAGAGAAAGUUCAGUGACAGAUCACCCUGUAUUAUACUCCCAGGGCUGCAGUCACUACUCUGCUGAUGUGAAGUCACUGUGUAUAUACUGUACAAUAUAAUUCCCUGUACAGAUAAUAUAAUUGUACACAGUUACCCACACCAGCAGAAUAGUGGGUGCAGCUCUGGAGUAUACCUGAUAAAUACUCCAGAGCUGUACCCACUAUUCUGCUGGUGGAAUUACUGUGCACAUACAUCACAUUACUUAUCCUAUACUGAUCCUGUAUUACUGGUCCUGUAGAGUGACAUUCAUUAUUCUGCUGGUGAAGUCACUCUGUAUAUUAAAGGAGAACUCCAGAUUAGACAAAUUGUCCUCCAUACUGCCGUCAAUAAAAAAAUAAAUAGAUACAUACCU